UAAAGAUUUCCGAUGAAGACAAAAGGAAAGACAUGAAAAACAAAUUUUUUUCUGUGAAAUGAAAAUAUUUCAUUAUCUUUCGGGCAGUGCUUAAAUAACUAUCUCUAUAAUUUGUUUAAAAAUACUAAAGUUUACAAAUAAAGCCAAAGUAAAGUGUAUAAAACAAACAAAAACAGUGUGUGGCUAAAUUAUUAUCAUCGGUGACGACAACACUCGUAAAGUAAAAAUAAGCACCAACAUCAAGCACGAUGAAUUUAGUGGAGAAACAUCCAUACGGAAAUGGCUUGUUAUAUGUUGGAUUUAAUCAAGAUCAAGUUUCAGGAUGUUUUGCGUGCGCAACGGACACUGGUUUCCGUGUUUACAAUUGCGAUCCAUUAAAGGAAAAAGAACGUCAAUAUUUUCCAGAGGGCGGACUAUGCCACGUUGAAAUGUUAUUCCGAUGCAAUUAUUUGGCGCUUGUUGGCGGAGGCAUCAGACCUUUGUAUCCCCCAAACAAAGUAAUCGUUUGGGAUGAUUUGAAAAAGGCACCAGCAAUAUCUAUAGAUUUUAAUCAGCCCGUCAAAGCAGUGCGUUUGCGACGCGAUCGCAUUGUUGUAGUAUUAGAAGGUGUGAUAAAAGUGUUUACUUUCACACAACAACCACAACAGUUGCACGUUUUUGAAACAAGUGCGAAUCCGCAUGGAUUGUGCGUGUUGUGUCCACAUAGCAACAAAAGUCUGCUAGCCUUUCCAGGGCGACGCACCGGCCACGUCCAGAUAGUCGAUUUGGCAAAUACAGAGCGCGCACCGCUGGAAGUUGUCGCGCACGAAGCGUCCAUUAGUUGCAUUGCCUUAAACUUGCAAGGCACUCGUUUGGCCACCGCAAGCGAAAAAGGCACUUUAAUACGUAUUUUCGAUACAGAAAAUGGCAAAAAACUUUGCGAACUGCGGCGCGGCAGUAAUCAGGCAAAUAUUUACUGCAUUAACUUUAAUCACCAAUCGACUAUGCUGGUGGUGUCCUCGGAUCAUGGCACUAUACAUGUCUUCAAUUUAGAUGACAACAAACCGAAAGAAGCUGCAUUCCCCAUGAUACCAAAAUAUUUCUCUAGCCAGUGGAGCUUCGUUAAGUUCUCCAUACCGCAAGGUCCAGCCUGUAUCUGCGCAUUCGGCGCUGAUCCUAACUCUGUUAUAGCUAUUUGCGCCGAUGGCCACUAUUAUAAAUUUAUAUUCAACAAUAAGGGCGAGUGCAGUCGCGAUGUUUGUACACAAUUUCUGGAGCUGACCGAUGAUGAAGAAUAAAUGUGUUAAAAGCUUAUAAUAGUUGCUAAACUGUUUUAUUGAACAGUUUCCCCGUCUAUUUAAAGCGUAUAGAAAAGUGUUAAAAAAUAUAUACAUACAUAUAUGUAUUAUUUGUAGGAAAGUUUAUAUAAUAUUUGCUAAUCUGCAACUAUUGAUGGUAUCUUUGACUGGUUGAAACAUACAUACAUAUUACAUGCGGUAUUGGCAAAGCAUUUCGUUAAGUGAAAUAAUAAUUACAUAAGAUUGUGUAGAAGGCUCGACUAAUCGUUCUACUGAGAAAAAUAUAUUUUUAUUUUGCUUAAAAAUAAAUUAUAUACAUACAUACAUACACACCUACGUACAUUCGCACGUAUCACUUGAAAUGCAAUUAUUGGUUUUUCAAUGUACUCAUUUUUGUUCUUCCUUAUAUUUUGUAAAUAAUAUUUUAAUUAUAAUGCUGUAAUACUGUAAAGCAUACAUACAUACAUAUGUAGUAUAAGCAAUUCCAUAUGCUGUAGCAAAAUAAAUAUCUCACGAUAUAGUA